ACAUAAUUCGGCUUGACUCCAUCCGUUUGGUUUUCAUAUUUGUCUUGUCACUGAAAAGAGUUUGUGUUUUUCCAACUGUUGUAUUUAUAUUAAUAUAUUAAGAUGCCUGUUGAAAAUUUGGAAGCCGAAAGCUUAGACAAGAAUCCGAACUUGGAACUUGCACAACUGAAAUUUUUGCUUUCAUCUGUGGAACACCAAAAAGAUGAAAAUUUAAAAAGCCGUCUUUUAGAAGCCAUCAAAGAAAACAAUAUGGCUCCAUUUUAUGAAGAAGUAUGUAAAGAUCUUUCAUGGACAGUUGAUAAUGCAUUAUUGGAUGCAAUGAAAAAAGCUAAUGAAGAAGCUUUAAAGAAAUUAGAUGAUGCUAUUGAGGAUGCUGAGAAGAACUUAGGUGAAAUGGAAGUGAGAGAGGCAUAUCUUAACAAAGCUGAAUAUCUGAGUAAAAUUGGAUCCAAAGAAGCAGCUUUGAGUGUAUUUAGAAAAACGCAGGAAAAAACGGUCUCUCUUGGACAUCGUUUGGAUCUACUGUUCCACAUCAUUAGGAUUGGCCUAUUUUAUAUAGAUCACGAUCUCAUAACUCGAAACAUUGAAAAGGCUAAAAGCCUAAUUGAAGAAGGUGGUGAUUGGGAUCGGCGAAACAGGCUCAAAGUAUACCAAGGUGUUUAUUGUAUGGCUAUACGGGACUUCAAAAAUGCUGCAGUUUUUUUCUUGGAUACUGUAUCUACAUUUACUAGUUAUGAACUCAUGGACUAUAAAACAUUUGUGACUUACACUGUUAUCUGCAGCAUGAUUUCCUUGCCACGAGUAGAUCUACGUGAAAAGGUUGUGAAAGGAUCUGAGAUUUUGGAAGUUUUGCACAGUGCAUCCGAUAUUAGAGAAUAUUUGUUCUCCUUGUACAACUGUCAAUAUGCUGAAUUUUUCCAAAAACUUGCAUUGGUUGAGAAUAUGUUAAAACAAGAUCGCUUGCUGGCUCCUCAUUACCGUUAUUAUGUGCGUGAGAUGCGGAUCUCGGCUUACACUCAACUCCUUGAAUCUUACCGAAGUUUAACUCUUCAGUACAUGGCAGAUGCUUUUGGAGUCACUACAGAGUUUAUUGACAAAGAAUUAGCAAGAUUCAUUGCUGCAGGAAGACUUCAUUGUAAAAUAGAUAAAGUUGGUGGAAUUGUUGAGACCAAUAGACCGGACAGUAAAAACUAUCAAUAUCAGGCAUGCAUCAAACAAGGAGAUAUUCUUUUAAACAGAGUUCAAAAGCUGAGUCGUGUCAUAAACAUUUAAUUUUCUAUAUUUGUGUUUUGUAUUGGAGCUUAAUAAAUUUUAUGUUAUUAAAGAAAAA